AUGGGAGGGCGGGUAUCCGAAAGCGCCAUCACCCUCAUCUAUCGUUCCAAAACCCUUGUUCAUCUCCUCCAACUUCAUUCACUCUUCUUCAAAACCUCCCUGGACCACCACCCUUUUUUCAUCUCCCAACUCCUCUUAUCAGCCUCCGCCAUCUCCCUCCCCUUUGCCACCACAUUCUUCCACUCCCUCCCCACCCUUCCACCCCUCUUCGCCUGGAACACCCUCAUCAGAGCCUUCGCCUCCAUCCCCAACCCGCACUACUCAUUCUUCCUCUUCCGCCUCCUCCAAACCUCAACCCUUAACCCGGACUCCUUCACUUACCCUUUUCUCCUCAAAGCCUGUGCUCGCUCUUCCUGCCUCCCCCUCGGUGGGACCCUCCAUUCUCUCACCUUCAAGACCGGAUUCUGCUCCGAUCGCUAUGUAGGUAAUGCCCUUUUAAACAUGUAUGCUGAUUGCCAUGCUGUAAGGUCAGCGCGCAAGGUGUUUGAUGAAAUGACUGUUAAAGAUGUUGUGACCUGGAGCUCCAUGAUUGCCGCUUACGUCGCCUCCAACUCCCCUUUGGAUGCUUUUCGUGUCUUUCAUCAGAUGGGGCAAACGAAUGUAAAGCCAAACUCUGUGACAUUGGUUAGCUUGCUUUCUGCUUGUACUAAAAUGCUUGAUGUCCGUGCUGGUGAGUCCAUUCAUUCCUACCUUAUAACGAGUCACAUGAACAUGGAUGUUGCAUUGGGAACAGCUUUGUUUGACAUGUAUGCUAAGUGUGGAAAAAUUAAUGAGGCCGUUGUCGUUUUCAAUUCAAUGGAUGGCAAGAAUUUGCAGUCCUGCACUGUCAUGAUGUCGGUUCUUGCUGAUCAUGGGAGACAUAAAGAUGUUCUCUCUUUGUUUAACAAUAUGGAGGAUAUGGGGCUGCAACCAGAUAGUUUGGCUUUUGCUGUGAUUCUCUCGGCCUGCAGCCACGCUGGACUCGUUUGUGAGGGGAGAAGGUAUUUUGAUCGGAUGGUGAGAAUGUAUGACAUAAAACCGAGUGUUGAACACUAUGGAUGCAUAGUUGACUUGUUAGGAAGAUCUGGCUUGAUUCAAGAGGCAUAUGAUAUUAUCAAGGGCAUGCCUAUGGAGCCGAAUGGUGUUAUAUUGAGGAGUUUUCUGGCGGCUUGCAGGAAUCAUGGGUGGAUUCCUAGUUUGGAUGCUGAUUUUCUGUCUAACCUGGAGUCCGAAUUGGGAGCGAACUAUGUCCUCGCUGCAAAUGUUUUUUCUACCUUUGCUUCCUGGAAAGAUGCCAAUAACAUUAGGUUAGCCAUGAAACAGAAGGGGUUGGAGAAAAUUCCUGGUUGUAGUUGGGUAGAGGUGUAA